AUGAGAUAUGAGAGCUUCCGUGACAGCACAUGCACUUCUCCUUCUCCUUUCAGUUCUUCUGGUGUGAACACUCUCAGCGACAGCCUCCCCAAAUCCCACUUGUCCCAUUACUCUGAGCUCGGUGUGGCACACUUGCCCGCCUCCGUGCACCGGAGUCCUGAUUCUGGACUUGGAUCGACACCUCUUCCAGCCAGCCGCUUCCGGUUUGCCUCGUGGCAUCACUUGCCACAGUGUGACCUCACCGGAGAUCAGCUGACCUGCCCCAGGGUUCGAGAAGGGCCAUCCGAUGACGAGCUCAUCCAAAGAGAGGCCCGUGUGGGUAGAAGGAGAAGGAAGCGGAGGAGAGAGGAGGAAGGGCAGAGUUGGGAAGAAAGAAGACAAGAGAACUGGGAAAACUCUCUAGAGCUGAAUCUCUCCUACCAAGAUUUGGGCGACGAUUUCCAGGAACAAAACUUCCUCCGCAUUCUACGCAGGUUGAUACGCGUGGAGCAACUCCAGCUGGUCAACAACUCUCUCAGUAACCUGAGUUCUGUCUGUCUGCCAAGGUGCAGGAUACUAAAUCUGCACCGGAACCAUCUGGUGUCUCUACACCAGUUGCCAAAGCUUCCGGUCGUGGAGCAACUUUGCUUGUCCGAGAAUGCCAUCAGCUCCCUGGAAGGAUUGAAUGCAUUGAGGAACAGUUCUCUGCGAUCUCUAAACUUGACCCUCAAUCCAGUGACCUUCUUUCAGGACUACCGUGCACGAGUGUUCUCUUUCUUGCCAAAUCUUGAAAUCCUGGAUGGAGUUCCGAUGCUGCCAGAAGACCAGCUGCACACUGGGUUUCAAUUCCCACAAAUCACGAGGAUGUGCAACAUUUUGUGACAUUUUCCAGAGAUGGAUAUGUGCUCUGCAGACUGCAUUUACUCAGAGGAGGGGAAAAAAACUCUUUUUUUUUUACCUUAAGUAUGCCACAACUGCUGCCAAAACCAACCUAGAAUACAUGAGCAGGCAUUUUUGUUGGAGGUUGAGCAAUUAUGGUCACGUCUGCCUGACAAUAAUGAAAUUUGGUAAAAAGAAACACGUUGAGAAGGCCUUCAGGAGAUAACAAGGCUAAUCGACUACAUUACCUGUCAUUAGUUUCGCCUGUUUACAUGGUUGUUUUUACAUCGAUAUGUAAACCUUUUAGGAUAGUGACUGGAAUAAACAUGUUUUAAAAAAAAAAAAAGUGAUUUGAUAAAAA